UAAGAAAAACAAUGUUAUAAAAACAUGAAGUUCCUGCUAGCACCUGCCAGGAAACAGACUGACUGCGUGGCCCUAACAAAGGUGAGCAACCAUCCCAGAGAGGAGAAGGGCUUUCCUUUCCAAGUCAGAACAAGGAAGACGUUUUUUGGAUAUUACAUGUACAUUGCACAGAGAGCAGAGCUUAAUCACAGUUCAAACCAGAUAAGACUUCGCUUCAGACCAGGCAAGACUAAACUACAAUUUGUUUGACCUUUUUGGGUUUUUUUGUAUUUCAUUCAGAUUAAGAGCAUCCGGAUGUUCCACGGAGACAAAAACAUAUUCUCUACAUCCUGGACAUUUGAAUACUGGAAGUAAAGAGCCCAUUCCUUGAAGCUGCUUAUUUAUUAACUGAGGCAGAAAGGUUGAAAUUGCAGGAUCCCGCAGUUUUCUUUGGGUUUGUUUUUUUCUUGCUGGGGAGGCAGAGCCUCAGGAUUGUGCCCCUCUCUGGAUGCUGUAGUCUCUCUGGGAGCAGGUGGAGUGGAUAUGGCAGUGUGGAACCUGCCCAGACCAGCAGCUGCUGUUGUGCUUUCCACCAGACGCAAGAGAAAGGCAAUCCUGGCACAGGUCCUCAUAGCGGCCCUUGGGCUGCUCCUACAAGGGGAGGCCGCUGCCGCUGUGACUCUGAAUUGCUCAAACCCGAAUGCAGAAUCGCUCCUGAAGGCACUCGAGAUGAGCGUCUUCCAGAGAAAAGCUAUCCGUCCCGUUGUGAGCCUCCAGAGCCCGACACAAGUCAACGUGUCCUUCACUCUCUACGCCAUCCUGGGAGUGGAUGAAAAGAUACAAACAAUGACAACCUUCAUCUGGCAAGUCCUGGAAUGGAAUAUGGAGAUUGUUCAAUGGGACCCUGUGCAGUGUGGCACGCACAAUAUCUCUAUCCCAAGUGAAAAUAUCUGGGUGCCGGAUAUCCUGAUCAAUGAAUUCAUGGAUGAAGACAGAUCACCCAAGACGCCAUACCUGUACCUGAAACACAAUGGUAACGUGUACUACGACAUACCUGUCCGAGUGGUCAGCUCCUGCACCAUGGACAUCUUCAACUUCCCUUUCGACGUGCAGAACUGCUCGCUCAGCUUUGGGUCCUACCUGCAUACAGCAAAUGAUGUGCGUGUGAGUAUGGGCAUGACAGCCGAAAAGACAUUUCAGGCAGCAAAAGCCUUGAUGAAAACCAAAGGGGAGUGGGAGCUGGUAAACAUUGAAGCUCGUGGCAACUUCCUCAAUACCACUGACUUCGAAUAUGAUGAGGUUGUCUAUCAACUGAUCAUCAGGAGGAGACCCAAGCUCUACGUGAUGAACCUCAUCAUUCCCAGUGCCUUCCUCAUGAUGAUCGACCUCUUCAGCUUCUUACUGCCAGCACAGAAUGUGGACAGAGCCUCCUUCAAGAUGACCCUGAUCCUGGGCUACACCGUCUUCCUGCUCAUCAUGAACGACCUGCUCCCCAGCUCUGCUGAAACGCCGCUCAUCAGUUCCUACUUUGCCAUCAGCCUCUCACUGAUGGUGGCCAGUGUCCUGGAGACGGUGGCCAUCACCAACAUCCUGUACAGUUCCAGGCAGUACCCGGAAGUCCCGCCCUGGGUGCGCAAGCUCGUCCUGCACUACAUGGCCCGGGUGGUCUGCUACUCGCCAAGGCUGACCCACUGGCCAAACACCAGCAAGAAAACUGUAACCCUGAAUCCUGCUUUUCAAGGCGCUGUUCAUGAAAUAAAAGACCCCAAGGAGGCAGGUCCGCAGGUCAAGCAGGCCGUGCUGCAGCUGCAGAAGUUGAGCGGAGACCUGCAGUGCAUCAGGCAGUACCUGGACAGCCACUUUCAUAAGGGCGAGAACGAGGAAGUCUGGGUCGAAAUCGGGCACAUCCUGGACCGCUUCCUCUUUGGGCUUUACCUGUUCUUUUUAACUGUCUCCGCCAUCAUAUUCAUUAUUAUCUGGGCUACAUGGCACACAGCCACCACUGACUGAGAAUAGACAUAGCUAGCAAAGAUCCCAGUGAAGACAUCCCAGCAGACUGAGCCCGUCACAUGGGCUCAAUUUAGUUUAAGAUAUGCUAUAAACAUCAUCAGUCAUGUAUCAUGUAAAAGGUAGUACAUUGCACAAACUCCUUCUGCUGCAGGUGUAUAUAGUGUGUAGCGAGCUGUACUGCUCGGCCAUUCUAAAGUCAAAUAAAGA